CGGAUGGCAAGGGCGGGCUUCCGCAGUCUCGCGGGCUUUUCUUCCUCGUCCGCGGAGCUCCUUCCUCGCAGGCCCGCGUCCUCUGCUCCGGAAGCUCGGGAGGCUCUGCGCGGCCUGUGUGUCCCCGCUCGGGUUUCUAAAGAUUCCUCGGGAGGACAGCGAAUCACUCCGCAGACCAGAGACGGUGCUAUGAGGUCCACAGGAAGGAAGUCAGGACUCUCCAGAAGGCAGGAAAUGACCUCAGUGGCCUUUGAGGAUGUGGCUGUUAACUUCACCCAGGAAGAGUGGGCUUUGUUGGAUCCUUCCCAGAAGAGUCUCCACAGGGAUGUGAUGCAGGAAGUCCUUAGAAAUCUGGCUUCUAUAGGAAACAAAUGGGUGGACCAGAACAUUGAAGAACAGAACACAAUUCCUGGGAGAGAUCUAAGCCACAUCAUACCAUCUGAGAAUGAGGAGAGUAGAAGGAAGCCAUCUGAACUUAAACAGAAGAGAAAAUCUUUAACUUCUCUCACGAGUAUUCAAAGACAAGUAGCAGUGCACACCGUAAGUGGACCUUAUAAGUGUUUGACAUGCGGAAAAGAGUUCAGUUGUUCCAGGUCUUUUCGAAAACAUGGACAGUCUCACUCAGGAGAGAAACCAUAUGGAUGUGAACAAUGUGGGAAAGCCUUCUCUUGUUACUUUUUCCUUCAAACACAUGAACGAACUCAUACUGGAGAGAAGCCCUAUGAAUGUAAACAAUGUGGGAAAGCCUUCACUAGUUCCUCUUACCUUCCAAUACAUGAAAGAACCCAUACAGGAGAGAAGCCCUAUGAAUGUAAACAGUGUGGGAAAGCCUUCAUAAGUUCUGCUUACCUUCAAAUACAUAAACGGAUUCAUACAGGAGAGAAGCCCUAUGAAUGUAAACAAUGUGGGAAAGCUUUUAAUAAGUACAGUAAUCUUCACACACAUGAACAAACUCAUACAGGAGAGAAGCCCUAUCAGUGUAAACAGUGUGGGAAAGCCUUCACUAGUUCCAAUUACCUUCUAUUACAUGAAAGAACUCAUACAGGAGAGAAGCCCUAUCACUGUAAACAAUGUGGGAAAGCCUUCACCAAGUCCAGUCACCUCCACACACAUGAGCGAACUCAUACUGGAGAGAAGCCCUAUCAAUGUAAACAAUGUGGGAAAGCCUUUGCUACAUCCACUCACCUCCACACACAUGAACGAACUCAUACUGGAGAGAAGCCCUAUCAGUGUAAACAGUGUGGUAAAACCUUCACUAGUUCCAAUUACCUUCCAGUACACGAACGAACUCACACUGGAGAGAAGCCUUAUGAAUGCAAGGAGUGUGGUAAAGUUUUCAUUAGUUCCGCUUACCUUCAAAUACAUGAGCGAACUCAUACUGGAGAGAAGCCCUAUCAAUGUAAACAGUGUGGCAAAGCCUUCAAUACAGUUGGUCAUCUUCAUAAACAUGAACGAACUCAUACUGGGGAGAAACCCUUUGAGUGUAAACAAUGUGGAAAAUCCUUUACUAGUUCUUCUUACCUUCAAAUACAUCAACGAAUUCAUACUGGAGAGAAGCCCUAUGAAUGUAAACAAUGUGGGAAAGCCUUCACUACAUCCAGUCACCUCCACAAACAUCACCGAAGUCAUACUGGUGAGAAGCCCUAUCAAUGUAUACAGUGUGGGAAAGCCUUCACUAAUUCCACUCACCUUCAUGCACAUGAGCGAACUCAUACUGGAGAGAAGCCCUAUCAAUGUAAACAAUGUGGGAAAGCCUUCAUUAGUUCUGCUAACCUUCAAACACAUGAACAAACUCAUACUGGAGAGAGGCCUUACCAAUGUAAGGAAUGUGGGAAAGCCUUCAGUAGUUCUGCUUACCUUCAAAUACAUGAACGAACUCAUACUGGAGAGAAGCCCUAUGAAUGUAAACAAUGUGAGAAAACCUUCAUUAGUUCUGCUUACCUUCAAAAACAUGAACGAAUUCACACUGGAGAGAAGCCCUAUGAGUGUAAACAGUGUGGGAAAGCCUACACAACAUCUAGUCACCUUCACACACAUAAACGGACGCAUACUGGAGAGAGGCCCUAUGAAUGUAAACAGUGUGGAAAAGCCUUUGCUAGGUCCACUCACCUUCAUACACAUGAACGGACUCAUACAGGAGAGAAACCCUAUCAGUGUAAACACUGUGGAAAAGCUUUCACUAAGUCCAGCAACCUUCACAUACAUGAACAAACUCACACUGGAUAGAAGUUCUGUGAAUAUAAACAGUGUGGUGAAACCUUCAGUUAUUCAUCUGCAUAGACAACGAAUAAACUCAUACUGAAGAGAAGUCCUACAAAUGAAUCUGGUAAAACCUUCAGUAGGCCCAUUCACCUUAAAAAAUAUGAACAAACUCAUAAGGGAAAGAAGCCCUGUGUUUGUAAAUGGGGUAAUAAAGUCUUUAUUUCAAAGCAUCAACUCAUACUAGACGGAAACCCUAUUAGAGGAAAGAAUGGAAAAUGCCUUACAUUAUUAGUUCCCAUUGUACGCAUGAAAAAAUUUGUGCUGGAGAAAAGGCCUUGAAUGCAAAAAAAAAGAGUAGCAAAUCAUUUAAUAUUUCUAGUCACCUUCAAUGACAAGAAAGGACUCACACUACAACAAAUCUGAAUGAGUAUAUGUAAGUUCUUAGUUGCCUUCAGAACCAUUUUGCUUGCUCUGGCAAAUAAACCUCCUGAAUGUGUGACAUUCCAUUUUCCUUCCUAUGCAUGAAAGUACUCAUAAUGGAGAAAAAGCCUUGAAUGUGAAAAAGGUCUGAUUUCCCAGUUUUUUUGAAAGACAAAAGACAAAAAACAAAACAAAACAAAAAACGGUGAAAACCCUAUGCAAGUAAUGGAUCUUAUAAUGGCAUCUGGUGUUCCAGUUUUCUUCAUGUUACUCAACCUUCUAUUGCUGUGUCAAAACACGAGAAAUUCAAGUUAAGGGGAGAAGAUUUCCUUUGGCUCACAGAUCACAGGUUUCAGUUCAUCUUGGGGUGGCUCUUUGGUUUGGUCCGAGAUGACUUAGAACACAUUGUUGGAAGAGCAGAGCAGAGCUGCAUAUGUAAUGGCAGCAGGGAAAAGAGAGAGUGGAGGAGGAGGGCACCAGCAGCCAGAUACCCAGUGACUGUUUCUGUUUAAGGUUACUGUUUUCAUAAGUUGUCUAAGUGCAAUGGUUAAAAAAAAAAAAUUAGGCAGAAAUAAAUGUGACACAUGCUUAUGAAUUAUGUGAUUUAUAGGUCUCAUAUAUAUAUAUAUAUAUAUAUAUAUAUAUAUAUAUGUGUGUGUGUGUGUGUGUGUGUAUUUAUGUAUCAUAAUAUAUUUCGUUUAUUUCUGAGUUAAAAUACUGAAUGUUUAACUGUUAUCAUGAGGUUGAAAUUUAUCCAUUCUGGUUUUUUGUUUGUUUUGUUGGUUGGUUUGUUUUAAUUUUGUGAUAACAAAAAAGAUUUGAAUCUGGGGCUGGGGCUGUAGCUCAACAGUAGCACACUUGCCUGGCAUGUGUGAGACAUAAGAUUUGAUUAUGAGCACCAUAAAUAAAUAAAUAAAAUUAUAAAGGUUUGCAACAACUACUUAAAAUGUUUCUCUUUUUAAAAAAAAAAAAUUGAAUCUAUUAUUACUUGUGUCUGUUUUCACUUUAAAAAUUGUUAUGGGAGUGCAUAGGGUCCUAGAAUUACAUAUCCUUAAAUUUUUGGUAUAAGACAAACUUUUAAAGUUUUGCCAAUUUCGUAGGUUUUCACUACAAGUGAGAGUUGCUGAGACUUAGAAUUUCUAAUUGAUGGGUAUGAUUUUCUAUACAAAUUGUAUGAGCAUAUAAAGUUGUGUUGAUGCAACUAUUACAAAUAUGAACAAUUUUUAAAAAUUCAAAGAUUUUAUGAUAUGGAUAUAAAAAUAAAAAAGCAGAAGGAAAAGAGUGAAGUGAGAGGUCUAAAGGAAUAUGUAACUAUGAGCAUGUUCUUAUAAGAUCUAUUCAUUUGAUGAAACAGGUUUUUUUUUUUUGUUGUUUUGUUUUUGUUUUUUAAGAAAAUUGGGUGGUAGAAUCAGAUUUUCUCUUAAAGUAGAACUAUGGGUCGGGGCUGGAGCCUGAGCGCAGUGGGAAAGCCCUGGCCUGGCAUCUGUAAGGCUACACCAUGUGUGGUUCAAUCCUCAGCACCACAUAAAAAUAGAUAAAGAUACUUUGUGUUCAUCUGCAACUAAAUAGAUACUAAAAAAAAAAAAAAAUUUAAAAAGUAGGAUGGUGGAUUAUUCCUGAAUGAGCUAUGGGCACUACGGGGCAGAUCUGCUGGAUUAAGCAAGUUAUAGAUCCAAAUAAGUCAUAAAACUUUAGAGGAAAUUUCGAAGUAUUCAUGCAACAUGAAUUUUGUAAAAGGAAUUUUCUUAGUAGCCAUGUUGACUCUAAGUUAGAGGAAAUUAUAUCUAGAUUUUUCUAAAAAUUUGAGCAUUAAUAUUUUAUAUAAAUCAGAAUUAAUUCACUAUACUAAAAAUCACAUAAGUUUUCUAGACCUAGUGUUAGGGGGAAAAAGGAUGGAAGAUGUUUUUUAAUUUGUAUUUUUUUUAAUUUCUGAAAGUUUUUUUUUGUUUGUUUGUUUUUAAAUAUUCAACCAUGUCCUGGACAGUAGUUUUACAGUUUAGAGUAAUAUUUUCCUUCAAUAUAAUCUGAUUUUUCUUAAUGUGUCUGUAUUGUUCAGGGUAACUGGACAACUUUAUUCGUUUUUGUUGUUGCUGUUGUCUUGCUUUUUGUUUUUGUACCAGGGAUUGAACUCUGGGGCACUUGGCCACUAAGCCACUUUCCUGGCCCUAUUUUGUAUUUUAUGUAGAGAUAGGUCUCACUGAGUUGCUUAGUGCCUUGCUAUUGCUGAAGCUGGCUUUGAACUCAUGAAACUCCCGCCUCAGCCUCCCAAGCCACUGGUAUUACAGGUGUUGCCAUCACGUCUGGCCAACUUUGCUUCAAUUUUUUCUAAGAGUCACAUAUGCCCUGUUCAAUGCAAUGAUUUUCUUAUAUAACUCAUAAACUUGGGCACAAAUUCUUCUAGUAUCUAAUCAAGUUUAAAUUACUUAAUGUGAUUCAGCUUUAAGGUUAUCAGUGGGCUUCUUGUAAAGAAAAUCGCCCAUAUUGCAGGAAGUGUUUCUGUACCUUUUGUAAUUGUCCUAGGAAAACAAAGCUUUUAUUUUCUUUCAAAAUAAUAUCUUGUUUGCUUUAUUAUUUUAAUUUCUAUUAUUUAGCAAUAUGAGUCUUGAAAUAGUUAAAUUUAGGGUUUUAUUUUCUUUUGCAUUUAUUUUCUUUUAAAGUUUUUCAGUUGUUACUGCCUUUGAAUGAAUAUGAUUUCUCAAUGGUUAGUGUUUUAACUACAUUUUAAAACUGUUUCAACAUCUUUGGCAGGACUUCCCCAGAAUCCAAGUUCUAAAUUAAGAUUUUUUUUUUUUAACUUAAAUUUGGGAUAUUGCUGAGACCCCUAGAUCUUCUCAAAUGUUUAUUUUAUAAAAAAGGGAAAUAUUAAACUAAUCAGGCUAAUUUGAUGUGUUGAAUUGUAUAUGAACAUUUUCAAAUUAUAUAGUAAUCAUAAAUCCUUUAAAAGUCAUAUUGAUAUGGAUAUGGUGUCAAUGUGAGUAUGUUGGAGAGUACCUGAAGUUUCUAAAUGACUGUUGGUCCUGGCCUGAUAUUAUUAUUUGGAAAUGAUGCAUACAAAGGAAAUAAUUGAAUUGUAUCUUAAUUAUGAAAUUUCAUCCAAUUUUUAACUAUAUAUGUUCUAAGUCAUUGUUAUAAAUAAAGUUGUUAUUUUGCUUUGUCUGUAUAUAUAAACUUUGAAAUCAGAUUCAUGGAAAUGAUUGACAAGUAUGCUUUCAUAUAGGUUUCUGAUCAUCUUAAGACCCAUGGCCUGAAAAAAUAUUUUCAUUACUUUAAUAAAGAAACUGAGUAACUAAAAUUUUUAGAUUAGAAAACAGAACAAGAAUUAAUUAUAUGAUACCAAAUUAACUGAUCAUUGUAUCUAUAUGAGUUUUAUGUGAAACAUUAUUCUUUAUGUAAAUGUGUUUGUUUUCAAGAUUUAGGAAAACAUUUUCUCAGGCUGUUUGGAGUCUGCAGCAAUUUGCUGAGUGCUGUGAUCUGGGUGUGGAGUAGGCAUGUCUCUAAAGGUCCUAGUUUGGCCUCUUGGUCCCAGUGUGGUGACAUGGGAGGUGGUGAAACCUUUAGAGGGUCCCAGUGUUGUGAUAUGGGAGGUGGUGAUACCUUUACUAGUUAGAGGUGCUUAGACGUUUGGUGCUGUGCCCUUGCAGGGAUUAGGCCUUCCGUGAGGGACCCUGAUUCAUGCUCAUGAGGGGAUUGGUACAGGAGCUAGAGCCUGGCUCCCCCCCGGCUCAUCUGGCUUCCUGGUUGGUGAGGUGACCUGUUUCCCACAAGAGCUCCCAACAUUGCCAUUUACCAGGGUGCAAUGCAGCCCACAUGGCUGGGCCAGAGCAAGCAGCAUGCUCUCAAACUCUCUCAACUGUGAACUAAUGAACUUCUCUGACAUAUGGAGAGUGAAUGGAGAACAUGGUGCCAAGGAGGAGGCUCUUUAAUCAGACUACCUGAGGGCAGGAGGCAGCUUUGGAGUUAGGGACCAGGCAGAGGUUACAAGAGUCUGGAGAUGCAGGUAGAAAAACCCUGGUGUGUUCCAAGCAGAUGGUUAUAGGUGGCCCUGGGGAGGGCUCAGAAGAUGAGCAGACCAGGUCCAAGACCUUAGAGUUUGGAGGAGGGGAGGAGAGCAGAUUGUGAUGGGAGUGAGGGCUCUGCUGGAAACUGAGCCAAAGACCCCCUGGUUUCACCAUGGCAGAGAAUCUGCCUGCAUUGUGCCCAUGGCCUGAGGCACUAAGACAUCAAAGGAGAGGUCAAAGCAGGAAAGCAUUCUGGCCACAGCCUGGGCACCAUUUGUUGUGUUUACUGUGAAAUGCAGGAACAAAGGAGAGCAGAGCAGAGUCUGAGCUGAGCUCUCACUCCACAUGUGGUCCCACCAUCACCAGCCACUGUGAUGUUCUGCCACCAAGAACCCUGACCAGAACUCAGCAAUGCCAGUGCCUUGUCUCUGGACCUGAGAAAUGGACCUGAACAAACCUUUUUUUCCUGUAAAGUAACCUUGCAUGCGGCAUUUUAUUAUUGCAUCCAGCACAGCAGCUAUGAUUGUGAACCAAAGUGGAAAUGUUUACUUUUCCACCAUGCUUGAUACUCCAAAAUUCAAAAACUAAAAACAAAUUCAAAGUAUUCUUACUUUUUUGGCAAUGCGGUUACUUACAAGAGAAUUUCCUCUUUAUAACAGGGUAAAAUUGAAAACAAUUAUUUUAAAGAAAUUUUCAGUGGGAUGUCAUUUAAAUUAUUUAUAGAUACAGAGGACAAGACUAAAAUCUGUCUUGGUAUACAGCUUUUUAGGCUGAAUUUUAUUUUUCUUUUCAUGAUGCUGGGGAUCAAACCCAGGACCUUUUUGUGAGGCAAGCACUCUAUCAACUAAGCUAUAUCCCUAGCCAGUCUGAAAAUAUUUUUUUUCAAGACCAAUAUGAUAUGUAAGUAUUCUCCAAGCUUCUAUGCAAAUAAUCUGGUAAAACUUGAUAAAACUGAUUUUGCAAACAAAUUGGUUUUUUCUCUGAAUAUUUUGUGUAUACUGGCUUGAUGGUAUAGAGAAAAUUAUUUCCAAAGAAAAACUAUAACACCCAUUGUGGUUAGUGACACUACUCAUUGUUUUCAAAUUUAUAAUACAUGUGUAUAGAUUUGCCUAGAUCUGAAAUUUUUCUCAUCCCCUCUAAUGUAGCUACACAAGUCUCACUUUGUCCCCUGGGUUCUUUCUGUUCAUAUAGGUUGCCUUGAAUCAGAACAACUGCACUAACUGAACUGUUAUCCUUCUUUUGUUUUUAUUCUAUAUUUUUUCCUUAAAAACUUUGUACCUAUUUUCUACCAAACUUGUGCAGAAGUUCAGCUGCUAACAGCAUAAUGCUAGCCAGGUUCCUUCAGUUUCUCACCAGUGUCCAUCAGAGAGACAAGAUUGAAUGCAACCUUGGUCUCCAGGAAAGCAGCCUGAGCCACUCCUUCCAGGUCCCUUGCUGUGCCGGUGUGGCUUGGAUCUAGACACUGAGUCCUAGUUGACAGUCACUUGUGUCUGAAAUAGGACCAGACCAACCACUGGGCAGGUCCAUCCUGGCACUGGGAGACAACCAGAACCAGAGACAACACGGCUGAAUGACAAGGAUCUUACAGAAAGAUCUUCAUCAAAGGCGGAGGUAGGAAUGCUGUCUGCUUAAGAUGGAGUCACUUGUCUCAACCCCUGCAAAAAUAAAUAAAGUCAGGAGGCUAUGAAAGAAGGAAUCCCAUGCACUUAUAUCUGAUAAUAACUGUCAACGAGAGAUUGUCAGGACCACAACCUUGCACAAACCCUGCUGCAAACACCUGCAUUUAUAUAUCAUCACCGUAUCUGGAAAUGAUAAGAGAUCAAAAAUAAAAGGCAUUUGGGCUUUUUUCUUGCA